AUGUGUACACAUAGAAUGUUUAUUUCGCCUGCACACUUCAAACUUCGAGCUUCUGUUUCAGAAAAAGCUUUUGUUCUUUUAUUACAAAAUUGUCGACUAAUUUUCGCAUCGACCAAUUUUCGUUCCAUCAAUUUUCGUAGACACGGUUUCAAUGAAGGUCUUACAAAAGAUUCAUCACUUGAGCAAUUUCGUUCAAAUUUUAAUUUUAUUGCACUUGAUCGACUUCCAGUACCUGGUCUUGAUGGAGUUCCAUCACAAUGGCAAAUUUAUCCUCAAACACCUAUAUCAUCAUUUUCUGAAGGUGUCACUCUUGAACAAUAUAAUUCAAAUACACAAAUAUUACAAUUAAAUGUUCAAACAAGAUUUUUUGCUAUCUAUGGAAACAUACCACAAAAUCCUCCAAUAGCUUGUGCUCCAGCUCCGAAAGGUACUUAUUUACAAGUACGACGUGAUAUUCAAGGUAUUAUUAAACUCAAAGCAAAACUUGUUUUCAAUUCAUAA